UAACCAAUGACCUGAAGGAGUAGGGAGGGCGAGAUUAGGCCCGGAGUUGGUUAACGCUACCCUGGUGGGGGGUGAUGUACGAAAUGGGGUGAAGAGUCGUUCAAUGGCCCUUCAAGUCACCAUUCUUCUGGCCCGCGGAAGUUAAGCAACGCAGAGGCGGGCCUAAGACCGGAAGCGGGCAGGAGUGCGCCGGAAGCAGGGCGCCGUAGCCAGUCGCGCUGUAGGUCCGUGGGUCUGUCGGUCCCGAGGGCAGGAUGGAGAAGCUGCGGCUCCUGGGCCUCCUCUACCAGGAGUACGUGACUCGUCACCCGGCUGCCACGGCCCAGCUGGAGACGGCAGUGCGGGGCCUCAGUUACCUGCUGGCAGGUCGUUUCGCAGAUUCGCACGAGCUGUCAGAGCUGGUGUACUCUGCCUCCAACCUGCUCGUGCUGCUCAAUGACGGGAUCCUGCGGAAGGAACUUCGAAGAAAGUUACCUGUGUCCCUGUCCCAGCAAAAGCUGCUGACAUGGCUGAGCGUGCUGGAGUGCGUGGAGGUGUUCAUGGAGAUGGGGGCUGCCAAGGUGUGGGGCGAAGUGGGACGUUGGCUCGUCGUUGCCCUCAUCCAGCUGGCCAAGUAUGUUGGGAAUGUGGGGGGCCAGCCCUGGGUGGGGGUACCUGAGGCCAGCUGUACAGAUGGUGUUCAGCAGAGCAGCCCUGACCCCCGGCUGGCUAGCCACCUCCCCACGCCAGCCUCGCCGUACUCCCAACCCAGGGCUGUACUGCGGAUGUUCCUGCUGAUCUGGUUCAAGGCUGGUCUCCAGACCUCACCCCCCAUCGUUCCACUGGACAGGGAGGCCCAGGCACAGUCGCAGGAUGGUGACCGCAGCCCGGGCAGCCAGGAGCAGUCAUAUGUGGGGAAGCGGUCAAAGCGAGUGGUGCGAACUCUCCAGGACACUCCGUCCCUGCACUCGAGGCACUGGGGAGCCCCCCAGCAGCGGGAGGGACGGCAGCAGCAGCACGAGGAGCUGAGCAUCACCCCCACCCCGCUGGGGCUGCAGGAGACCAUCGCAGAGUCCUUGUAUAUUGCCCGGCCCCUGCUGCACUUGCUCAGCCUGGGCCUAUGGGGUCAGCGGUCGUGGACACCCUGGCUCCUGUCUGGUGUCGUGGAUGUGACCAGCCUGAGCCUCCUGAGCGAGAGGAAGGGCCUGACCCGGAGGGAGCGGCUGGAGCUGCGGCGCCGGACCAUCUUGCUGCUCUACUACCUGCUGCGCUCCCCGUUCUACGACCGCUUCUCCGAGGCCAAGAUCCUCUUUUUGCUCCAGCUGCUGGCAGACCAUGUCCCAGGCAUUGGCCUGGUCACAAUGAUGGAGACACAAGCCUGCACCUUGUCACUGAGCUGGGAAGCCACCGCUAGGACUGGGACCUGGGCUCCUCCAGCCACAGAAAGCUGGCGUUUCACCUCACCGAGCAUGGGAACCUGCCUGCCACCGCAGCUGCGGGAGUGAACGCUGCUUCUCUCUCACCGGUCCCUAUUGACGACAAACAAGGCUGAACCUAGACAGUGGAUGACAGCUGCCCCUGUGUCUUCUGGCCGGAGCCUCUGUCUGCCCCUCCCCCUGCCGGGGCCUGUUGCCUGCCAGCCGCUCCGUGGUGGAGCCUGGUGAUGGUGGGCCCGGCGCAGUGCAGAGCGGCACCUCAAGUCCUGAACUCCUGCUUGAGAGCAAAAGGCUGUUCUGCUGUGGGAAAGGAGCGUCGGGCACCAGCCAGCAUUGGGGCUGACACCGGGGCGGUGGUAAGGUUGGCAGGGAUGGGAGCCUGAGAGGCUCCGGGGAAAGCCGGGUGCAGGUUCACGCGGUAUGAGCUGGGGUCUCCCCCAUGUUUUCCCUGGUGGCCGGGCCUGCGUGGAGCCAUGCACGCUGCUGGGGAUGGUAGAGGGGUUUGGAUGGUGCAGCUGCUCUUCCUGCCUGGUCUUCCCCCUUCCUUGGCCUUUGCUGCCUUUGUGCUGUGAGCAGACCACAUGCUCCUGCUCGAGUUUCUAGCCAGACGGGUAGCCACUUAGGUUCUAAGAGGGCUCCAUCUGCACUGUGUUGGCUCUGCCUCAGCUCCAUCCCGGGAGGGGCCGGCCCUUCCCUGACUGCUUUCCCCAAGUGCCUCUUGAGAAGCCCCACUCAGGUCCUGGCUCGGGGAUGAAGGUACUGAGCCUUCAGGCGGUCAUCACUCGAGACCCGUGACCUUGGGUUGCCUAGCAGGCGUUGCUGGGCACUUGCCGUGUAGUGGGCUCUGUGCCUUGUGAUGUGCGGUCAGAAAUGAGUCAGGCCCAGCUCUUGCCCUCACUCUUGACGAUAGGGGAGACAGAUGUGUGGACGCAUCAGUGCCCUGGGUUAUUGCAGUAGGUGGAAGCGUGCAGGGAAAGUGGUCAGAUUGGAGCCGUGCAAGUGGGGCUGCCUGCCCGCUGGGACCAGCCGGAGGGGAUGCUGGUCAGGGAACCCUCCAUUUAAGCAGGCUUUUAAACUGGUAAAACUUCAUCUGUUGGGCACUGGGCAGACGGGGAGCAGAGGCUGCGUGUGCAGAAACAGCAUGUGUAGUGUUGCAGUGGGGUGAAGCCCCUGCUGGAGCGGAGGGGAGUCGGUGGGAGCCAAGGGGAUGAGGUUGGAGGGGGAGGUCAGGGCCAAAUCCACUGGGUUGUCGAAUACCAGGCAAGAAACUCGGACCUGCCUUUAGGAGGCGGUGGGGAGGGGACCUGUUUCAAAACUCAUCUCAGCACUGGUGGUGUGCAGGGUGGCCCGUGAGUAGGGGUGGAAAAUGGAGCAGGACGCUGUGGCUGGAGACCUGCCACAGUGGAUGGGGCUGAAUGAAGACAAUGGCAGGAGGGAGAGGGGUUUUGGUGUAACCUAGCCAGGCCAUGGGGACUGGUUGUGGAUAGAGAGGAAGAGGGGGGCGUCUCGGAGGCAAGGAAAUGAGGGGUUUGGAGUUAGGCAGAGCCAGAGCGUCUGGAACUUGUGGUCCCUGGCCGGGUCGGGGGGUGGGGGGUGUGGAGAGAACCUUGGUGGGGACAGAGGAUGCUGAGCAGGCUUGUGGGAGCCAGCCGUGUCCAGGACACAGAAAGAGAGGUGGUCAGUGGGAAGUCAGUGUGCGGCUUUGAACGUGAGCCAGGUCCACACCGUGUGAAUGGGGGCUGGGCAGGAACCAGAGGGCCGCACGGCCUUGCUGCAGGCCUGUGAAGAGACUCGGUCUCCAGCCUACCGUCACGCUGCAUUUAUUCAUUCAACAAGUGUUUACUGAGCACCCACUGGGUGUCAAGUACUGGGCUUCCUGUAGUCCCUGCCCUCGGGAAGCUUAUGCUCGAGGGGACCAGGUCCCAGGCUUUGCCACCUAACCUGAAAUCCCUGUCAGCCUCAGGGGUGGUGGCAGGGCCUGUGGCGUCCUGGGGCCAGGCUCUUCUAAGCUGCGGGGAGCGGCGUGGGGAAGGCCCUCAGAGCAGGCUCUGCUCAGUCGCCUGCUCUGGGCCCGCUAGCUGGCAGGACCUUCCUGGGAUCGCGGAGGCACGGGAGGGAGAGGUGGGGCGGUGGUGGGGGCGGGAGGAGGGGAUGAGGCUGAGUGGGAGCGGUGGGGACUCCAGGUGUGAGGGUUCGGUGACUGUGACCUCUGCUCAGGGCCUCCUGUGUGCCAGUCCCUAGGUACACGUGUGUACCUUGCCUCACAGGUGAGGGAGCCGAGGUCCACAGAGAUGAAGUGAUGUGUCCGCCUAGCAAGAGGCGAGGUCAGGGUCCGAACUGAGACCUGUGCCCGUAACCAGUGAUGGCAGCAACACGGUGUGGUGUGGCCCCUGCGGGUCCAUAGCCUCAGUAAAAUCAACCAACCAACCUCAGCGUGGAGGUUUCCAGCCUAGCCCCGGCGCUGGUGCUGACGCGGAGCCCCGGAACGCGCGCCCUUUGUGAGGUGGCCCUGGGAGUUGGCAGCAAGUUCUGUCCUGCCGGGGGAGGGGCGGGCAGAAGCCUGGAGCAGGGACCCCAGUCGAAGAUGGUUCUCGUUCUCGCCAUGCUGGGGGCUCUGUACCCCAGGGCCGCGCUGAGCCGCCGCUUCCUCAGCCUCAUCCUGGCGGCUGCACUCCUCUGCCCCGAGGCGCUAAGGUAACUCCUGGGGACACGGGGUCAGGGCUCGACAGGGCCAGGGGCCUGGAAGGUGGGGACUCUGCAGUGCGGCCCCACCCUGGCCCGUUUCCCCCUUUGCUGGGAGGCGGUGGUUUGCCUUUGGGGCCUGGGCUGAGCACCCCACAUCUCCCACAGGCCCCAGCGAUCUGUUCCUGAGGAAUUUUCAGCUCCCCUGGAACUCUUGGAGCCACUUUCUGGCCUGGUGGACGGUAGUAUCUCCUCCUUCCCCUACCCCUUCCCCUCCUCUGCCCCCAGCCCUACCUGGUGGGGGAGAGAUGCCCUAGGGGAGGGCGCCCAGGUCCAGCCUGAGGGCCUUCUCGUCCCAAACGGCAUCUGCCUGGGGACGUCUUCAGUGGACGCAGAACAGAUUCUCCCUCCCACUCAUACCCUCUUCUCUCUCCUUAGACUAUGGGGUGCGACCCAAGCACCCAUGGCCACGACGGCCUCGACCCCUUC